GAGAUGUCCAUGUGACGCACAAGUUGCUGUACGGUUUUACCGGGAAACCAUCAUCUAAACCGUUAGAUCUCCCGCCACAUUCACGCCGUUUCUCUCUCCUCUCUUUACCUCAAUGGCGAAGCGUUCCAAAACUCAAUCCCAAAUCACAGCAACGGAGGCCAGUCAAAUUUCCGAAAGCCCCUCUAACUCUUCCAAAAUCCCAUUCCGAGCCAGAAAAAUCCGAAAGCUCUCUUCCAAAACCCCAAGCGACGACGACGAGACCUCCAUUAACGAAAACUCCCCACAACAGAAGUUGCAGAGCUCCUCUUCUCUUCCCCAAACCCUAACAGAACCAUUAUCGUCCCAAUGCGAAAUCAACCUUGCUCUCAACCAUUUACGCUCCUCCGAUCCCCUCCUCGCAACCCUAAUCGACUCCCACCGUCCUCCACACUUCGAUUCCGACCGCUCGCCUUUCCAAUCCCUUGCGAAAUCCAUUCUCUACCAGCAACUCGCAUACAACGCCGCAAAAUCGAUCUACACUCGCUUCGUCUCCCUCUGCGGUGGCGAGUCGUCGGUCGUCCCCGACUCGGUGAUCUUGCUCUCAGCUCAGCAGCUCCGGCAAAUCGGCGUCUCCGGUAGAAAAGCAAGCUAUCUCCAUGACCUGGCGGAAAAGUACAAGAACGGUACUUUAUCGGACUCCUCGAUUCUCGAAAUGGACGACGAGGCUCUGCUCGCAAAGCUCACCGUGGUUAAAGGAAUCGGCGUUUGGUCGGUUCACAUGUUCAUGAUCUUCUCGCUGCGGAGACCGGACGUGCUUCCGAUCGGUGAUCUCGGGGUCAGAAAAGGAGUUCAGAGACUGUACGGACUAAAGGAGUUGCCGAGACCUCUGGAGAUGGAGCGAUUGUGUGAGAAAUGGAAGCCUUAUAGCUCUUUUGGGUCUUGGUAUAUGUGGAGGCUAAUGGAAGCCAAAGGCGUCUUGGCAACAGCAAUUCAAUAGUCAUAUAUCAAGAUCUUUGUACAAUUGUGUAUGUUUCAGGAUCGGCUGAGUUAUGUGGGAGACCUCUUUUCCCUGCCUCAACAACGCAACCUGCAAAACUUAAUCCAUCAUUUUCGUUUUAAUUUUUAAAUAACUCUUAUACUUGAUCAAUAGCCUUAUGAGAAUUUGCCUCUUGACCAUUGUUUAUCAAGUGUUUCAUUCCUAUGGGAUUUAUGUAUUAUUGGCUUUGUAUAAUGUAAUUUGUUUUGUUACACAUAGUGGGGCUGUGAGAUUGGGUAGUAAACAAUGUAAAACUGUUGAAGAGGGCAAGCUGUGUACUCAGCAUCUCUAUUCUGUUAAUGAGGGGUGAGAAACUGUUGCUUUACUUCGGUGAAUUCUCUGCCAACUUCAAUGAGCAUCCUUUGGUGCUUUGCUAGAUGAUUGAUGGUUGUAGGCUGUUGAUGGAGUUAAUUUUCUAACAAAACAUUGCUAUUAACCACCAUUUUUGAUGUAUCACUGCCCCUAUAGUAGUACGACA